ACCAAAUCGCUCGUCGACUGUCCGUCGUCCCGAUAACGCGCGACGCGAGUCAAUUAAAAACUUGCACAAAGAACGCGCAAUACGCGAGGGUAACGCUCGAUCAGCGGUUCUAACGGCCAAGAUACGACGUGAUAAGACUCGCUGCUUACCGAUCGCGAUUAGAUCGCGAGAAGGUGCGGGGGAAAAUUCGCGAUUUUCCCAUUGAUCGCGGGAAUCGGCCAGCGCGGAGUGCAGCCGCAAUGUGAUGCAGCUGGUACUCAUGCCCCCCUCUUAAUUCGGCACUGCACAAUCUUCGGAAGCGGAGUGUCGCGGAUGAAUUCGUUGCCAUUCCGUCGGAUCGUUAGGAGGAGUAAGUCCACGCUAGGUGGUCCCGGUGGUGCGUGCGUGCGGUCGGUGGUGUCGAUCGGGUGUAUCGAGAUCGGAUCACUCCGAAGAAUCGGCUAGUUAGAUAAUUCACCACCUGGCACGAUGUGGCUCGGAUUGCUCGCGUGCUUGUUCACCGUCGUCUCGUUCAUCACGGCGAAGACGGUGGGUUUUGUUUCAUGUUCCGCGGUCGACCUGUCGUUUCGCGGGUUAAAGAAGGAAGAUUUCUUCAUAAAAAUCCAGCAGCAGAUUACACUGACGGAAAUAACAGAUCUUAAUUUGAGUGGGAAUCAAUUUGACAGCUUCCUCGACUGCUCCACCAAUUUGGAGAUGUUAAGAACGCUAGACUUGUCGCAGAAUCACCUCCAGCGAUUCUUUUUCCUCUGCAAAGACGAGUAUAAUCUGCAAAUGUUGAACGUGAGCCACAAUAUGUUGGAGUACAUCGACGAUAAUUCUCUCAACGAUCGAGUAACGAAGCUGAAGAUAUUGGAUCUCUCUUACAAUAGGCUCACCAUCGUCAACGAAACCAUGCUGGAACACCUAACGAUGCUCGAAUGUCUAUCCCUGUCUCACAAUCCUAUAGGAGACGGUAUACACAACGGCGCGUUCUGGAACCUGAAGGCGCUCAAGCACCUCGAUAUGCGGAACAUAUCCGCGCCGUUCUUCUCCGGCGACUUCUUCAAGACCUUGACGAACUUGUCGAACUUGGAUAUAUCGUGGAACCCGAUUAGCACGAUACCGCUGCUGCCGGUGAAGUUGCAGCAGUUGGAUUUAUCCGGCACGCAAGUGAUAAGUCUCGAGAACUUGUACCUACCGCAGCUACAAGAACUUAAGAUGGAACAUAUGCCGAACCUGACGUCGUUGGCCCUGAACGACCUCGAGAAUCUCACUAGUCUGGAGUCGUUAUCGAUGGUCGGUUGCAGACGGUUGAUACAGUUGAGACUUUGGCCCCAGAACGGAGUCAUGCUGCCGCGAUUGCAACGCCUCUCGAUAAAAGAGAGCGGCCUCACGACGCUCGGUGUCGAGCUGAGCGCGUUGAUACAACGCGUACCAGUCGUCGAGGUGGUAAACAACCCGUGGAAAUGCGACUGCAAAAUGGAAUGGAUCGACAUGCUGAACUCCACGAGGAAUCUGAGCCGAGACAUCAGAUGCCACACGCCAGACCGACUCUACAACAAGCUCCUCGCCGAGAUACCGAGCUACGAGCUACAAUGCGAACACGACACGCCGAUCUUCUAUCCGAUCCUGUGGACAAGCGUCUCGAUAUUGAUUGUCGCCCUGAUCCUCGCCGCGGUGUUCAUGCUACUCCGGCGACCAAUGGGCCAAUGGAGCUUCAGGGGCAGGGAUCGUGACACCGUCACGUACACCUCCGUUGUGGAGUCGAACAACGAUCUGGUGCGAAUACUCGCGGUGACCGAGAGCCAAGAUCACAAGGAAGCCGAUCACGAGUGAAGCCGACGGAGCCGAGCUACGAAAGAGAAAGAAGUCACGCAAAGUACAACGAGGAGAUCACGGAAGAUCGUGGAGCCAAUAAGUAGAGAAUGCUCCAACGAGCCCUGCGUCACCAAGUUCUUUGUAAAAGUUACUCUAUGAUAGUAUAACGUAACGUAGUAUAAUUGACGAUUUACAGGUAUUUCAGGGGAAAUUGUUUCUAUCCCGUUAAAUUCGCGAUUUCAUCGUUACUGAUAGUACGAUUUUCGCAAAACGUGACAAUCAAAAAAGAUGUUUCCAUGUGUGUGUAUAUGUAUGUGUGUGUGCAUGUAACGCGACAUCAAUUCGCCGUUUCUUCCCCACGAUAUUAAGAUCCGACGAUCCUAACUCUUGCAACAACGAGAUUAAGGUAAAAAUUCCCGGACACGUGUCUAAUCUUGGACGUUCUUAUUGUUUUCUUUUAAACAUGAAUGUUUAAACAUUCAGCAUAAAUAAGGUAACAGUUCCAAUUGUGGAUCAAGUCCCAAUUUCGGCUUACAAACUUGAUUUAUUAAUAUUAAAAAUUUAUUAAUAUUAAAAAAGUACGCGUUAUAAUGGAAACAGUAUAAAACAGGGAAAGUAUUUUUCACAUUCUUUAGUUCUUUAUUGACCUUUUGCAUGUAAAUGUGUUUCUGAUUAUUUUUUUAAUAAUUUAAAGUAAACCAAUUUGAAGUCUAAUAAUUUUGUUUUGAAACUGUAAUGUAUUAAUUGCUUGAUAUCUCAAUAGUUUAUUUUUAUGUUGAUUGACAAAUUUAUGUAAAUAACUGAAAGUUAUCGUAACCUUAAAUGACUCUUAACUAAAAUCUUUAUCUUAUAUGUAUAUAUGUUAAAAGUUUGAAUAUUCGUAUUUAAAGACCAAAGCAAUAAGAAUUCCCAAGAUUGUGUCCGAGUAUUGGGGUACUUUUAUCUUGACAUUUCGCACAAAGUCGCGGCACUUAAUCCAAAGUCAGCCGAUAGACAGUAAGUCGUUGCGCAUCCAAACAAAUAGAUAUAUAUGUAUCUCAAAGUAAACCACGAACACACCGAGGGAAAGUCACUCAUACCACGCCUCGUGAACCUCGAAUGGCCGAGGAGAGUGCGGGGCAGAUACUCGAGUACUUGAACGGUUCCCAGUGUCCGAUAACAAUGUGGGACCGGGUUGUGGCGGUCGAAUAAAACAUCCGUGUUUCUUUUUUCCCGGCGGUAAGAAUCGGCGUGUUUUAAAAACCCCUUUACCUUUGUUCCUCGGGCGCAGCUUCAACAUACGUUGAAGCCGCAACGGCACAAAAGCGAAGUAGAUACAAAGACCGCAAUGGCUCAUUUGCCCUGAAUGACGGCGAGAUCCUCUUCCGCGUAACGACGCGGCAACUCGUAGCUGAACGCAUGAAUUAUCGUGCGUAGCAUCUUGAGAACGCACUAAUUGAAAUUCCACGUGAUUCCGCCGCAACGGGUUCGGCCUGCGGCAGCUCUCGCCGACGGCUGAUAAAAAGAGAGUCCUCCGCGGGCUCUUUAGAAUCGAAGUCAACCCCGCAACGCAAUCCCGUUUCCGAUAUUCCCUCUUUUCGUGGCGAAUAAAAGAUGUCGUCUCUCUC